CAGGACGUACCACGAUCAGGAAUCGUGAUAAAGAGACUGAUUUACAGAAAUCCCCAAGAAAUUUCUUGGAUCCAUUUCAGUAAUUCUCUUACAAGUCAAUAUUUUUUGACUAAUUUUCUUCAUUUAUUUUCAUUGAAAAAAUAUUAUACUAUUCCUUACACUUUAUUUAUAUUUUUAUGUUGAUUAAUGAAAAAUUUUUGUUAAAUAAUUGAGUUAAACACUCACGACUGUAUUUGAUGGUGACAAGUGCGAGCACACAAUCAUCUUCUACUUAUAAUGAUCAGGCAAGGAGAUACAAAAAAAGAAUUACCAAAGCUGGUUUGGAGUUCAGCAGUGAAGACAUUACUACUUGUGGCAUCUCUAAUUUAUCGAGAAGUCAAUGCUCAGAAUCAUUAUCAAUGCAUCAAAGAAGGUUACCAUGCAGAUCCCAAAGAUUGUCAUGUAUAUUAUAGAUGUGUAAAUUGGGGCACUACUACUUCUGAAUCUCCAUCACCUUUGACUAAAUUUAAAUUUGAAUGUGGACCAGGAACAGUUUUUUCUCACAUAAAAGGAAACAUUUGUGUUCAUCCAAAUGAUAGUGAAAGACCAGAGUGUAGAAAAUCAGAAAAUGAUUUAGACUUUAAUAUGAAUGACUACGAAGAUAAUCAAGAGGAAAUAUAUCCACAUCCAUCAUGGCCUAGUUCUUCAAGACGACCGAGUAAUUAUCCAAGUUAUAUUCCUCCAGGAUAUCCAAAUGAAGGAUAUACUUCAAAUGGUCAACAACGACCAAAUAAUAAUCCAUCUUACAUUCCUCAAAUGGAUACAAACCAAGGGUAUACUCCUGAAUCUUUACCGAAACCGAGUAAUAUUCCUUCUUAUAUUCCUCCAUCUGUUGAUAGUACGACAUACAAAUCAACCAGUGGGACAGAAGGACUCAUAGAAUCCGCCGAAUUAUUACCUCCACCUGUAACGGGAAUAGAUAAUUCUGGCUGUUCGCGAGAAGGUUUCAUGGUUCAUCCUAAAGAUUGUAAAAAAUUUAUUCGAUGUGUUAGUAAUGGUACCGGAUAUUAUCAAAAGUUUGAAUUUACUUGUGGCGAAGGAACAUUAUGGGAUUCAACAAUUGAAGCCUGUAAUCAUGAAUGGGCAGUUAAAGGUAACUGUUUCUCUGAACCAACAUCCACUCAAAGUAAUGAUUCUGGAACAACUGAUUCGUAUCAACAAUCGACUAAUAAAAAAUCAACUGUUCUCAUUAAACCUACUCAAAGUUCUGGAUAUUUACCACCUUCCACUUUACGCCCAGUAACUCCUAAACCAUCUCAAACCCAAUUACCAAUUGGUUCACUUUCUACAAUAACUCAGGAACCAUUAACUCCAUAUCCGUCAACUCCUUCAUCUUUUGACAUGACAAGUAUUACUCCGACAAUGACUACUCAAGCAAAUUAUACUCCUCAAAGUAUUUCUAAUGAUGAUUGUAUUGUAGAAGGCUUCUUUUCGAAUCCCGAAAAUUGUCGAAAGUUUUACAGAUGUGUUGCACAGGAAGGACAAAAACUGAUCAAGUAUGAAUUCGAGUGUGGUGAGGGUACAGCUUGGGAUACCAAUAUUCAAGCUUGUAAUCAUGAAUAUAUUGUUUCUGAAUGUAAUUCGUCUUUUAAUAAUGGAUCAACAGACGCUUCAUUAACAGGAACAAUAAACAAUGACGAGAAAAAAAAUAAAACAACAAGUGAAAAAGACUCAAAUACGACAAAAGAGCCAGAAACUUUUACAAAAGAGGAAUUAAAACCAUCUAAUGAUAUUACUGGCUUUAGUUCUUUCAAACCCACUUCUACAACUAUAAGUAUGUCUACUAUCAAAGAAGAAACAAAUCCUACAACUGAAAGUUCAAUAUCUACAGAAACUUUAAUGCCCACUGAAACCUCAACAUCUUCUGAAGCUAUCAUAUCUGUAUCAAUGACUUCAAUAUCCGACGUAUCAUCAACAAUAACUACAAGUACAUCACUAUCGUCAACGAAUACAACUCCAAAUGAACAACUUGCUAUAUCAAAAUGUAAAGAUGAAGGAUUUUAUGCAGAUCCCAAUGAUUGUCAUAAAUUUUAUCGAUGUGUCAAAACAAACGGUAAAUACACAAAAUAUAAUUUUGAGUGUGCUCCAGGAACUGCUUGGGAUCAGUCUAUAUUAACUUGUAAUUAUGCUCAUUUAGUAUCAUUAUGUAGUCCUGAAACUAAUGAAAUUCCUAGUUUUACUAAAGAAACAGAAAAACCUAUGGAUUCAACUAAAAAACCAAAAGAAAAUGAUUAUAGUUCUUCUAUGACGCCAACGACCAUCUUUGCUUCUACUACUACUACUACCACCAGUAGUAGUACUCAAGCAAAUAUAGAGGCAAUAACAACAAAUAAAAAUAACGAAAGUAAUGAAAAUAAUAAUAAAGAUACUGAACCAACAACGGAAAGUUUAGAAAAAUCUUCUACAACAAUGGAAACUCUGAAUACAUCCGAUUUAUCGACAACAGACUCCAAUACAUCAGGAUCAACGAAGCCUAAUUUAUUGAAUGAUAAGAUCAAGUGUGACUCAACAGGAUUUUAUCCACAUCCAACGCAAUGUGAUAAAUUUUACCGAUGUGUAGAUAACGGAAAUGGUUACAAUAUUUAUCAUUUUAAUUGUGCUCCUGGAACAAUAUUUGAUCCAAGUAUUAGUGUCUGUAAUUAUCCAGAAUCGAUUUAUCCACUAAGAGAUUGUAGUGGUAAUCCUUCCAGUUCAUCUUCAUCUUCACCGAGCACCACGGUUAUGUCUCCAAUAAAUACUAGUGAAACAGAAAUUACUACACAAAUAUCAACAACAACAUCUCUAGAUAUUGAUGAAGGAACAACAACAGAAUUUACUGAAGAGACUACUGAAAUUGAAAUUACAACUGAGGGUUUAGAUCAAACAAGUACGGAAAAAGAUAUAGACACUUCAACAAUGUCAACUGAAGGAAUGAUCGAGUCAACAACUAUAGAAGAAUCAGGUUCUACUGCAACAGAAUCUGAUAGUAAAACAAGUACUGAGCCAACAACGGAAACAGAAGCAGAAUCAAGUACUGAUAGUGAUAAACCUAUUACUACUACUACUACUACUAUUGAACCUGAUAUCUCAUUACCAGUUGCUCCUUGCACAUUAGGAAACUUGACAGACGAGCAGAUUGUUCUUGUAUGUCCAACAGGUUUCCGACGUCAUCCUAAAUAUUGUAAUAUGUUUUAUCAAUGUACUUCUGAAGGUAACAUGGCAAUAAAGAUCUUAGUUCUUGUAUGUCCGGAAAAUACAAUCUUCGAUGAAGAAAAAGUACAAUGCCUUGCAGAAAGUGAAAAUUCUCAACCAUGUAAUACUGAACUUACACCUGCUAGAUUUUAUCGACAAAUUGAAAAAUCAUCUAUACAACCUAUAAGAGCAACACGUGACAGUUUGUGUCCGGGAGAAGGUCAUUACCCCUACCAAAAAGGUUGUAGUAAUGUUUUCUACAAGUGCAAAAGAAAUCAGAAAAAUUCCCUUCAAGGCUACUUGUAUAGAUGUCCUAAUGACUUUGUAUAUUGGUCAGUAUCUCGACGAUGUGAAAAAGCAAGUCGAUUACGCACGUGUUCUCAAGAACAACACGAUAAAGAUAGAGAAGAAAUAGAUACAUGGAACAAACGUUGGGAGUUACCUAUUGAAGAUUCUAAUCUUUCAGCGCGUAUGAUUCAUUUUUAAGAUAACAUAUCAUUGAUCAAUUAACAUCGUAUAAGUAUAUUUUCUUCCUUCUUUUUGCUACAAAUUAUUGAAAAAAAAAAAA